CCACAGAUCACAGGAUAGAUAAAGACAAGUAGGUGGCAAGACAGAAUGACAGAAUGAAUAACCUCUGUGAUCUGUGACAGCAACUGCAUUCCUUUUCUCCGGUUCCUUGAAGCAAGUUUUCCUCGUGCCAAAAUGGCCAAAAAGAAAACUGAUGAAAAGGGCAAUGAAACCCCAAAAAAUACUAAUAACGAUGUGUCCAGUGCCAAUGAAGAACCGAAUUUCAGCGAUCCAGAAGAUUUCGUGGAUGAUAUCUCCGAUUCUGAGCUUCUUGGAGACAUUUUGCCGCAAAAACCUAAGGAGACCGACGGUUACGAAUGCGUGAUCGUCGUGGAUGGUACCCCCCAAGUGGGAGCCAAUCGCUUUGAGAAGCUCAAAUCGGUUGUGCAUAAGGUGUUCCACAAGUUUGGCAAUAUUGUCAAUGAAUAUUAUCCUGUGAAUGCUGAAGGUGUCACCAAAGGGUAUAUUUUCCUAGAGUAUUCCGAUCCCAGUCAUGCUUUAGAGGCUGUUAGUCUAGCUAAUCACUUCAAGCUCGAUAAACAGCAUACUUUCCUGGUGAAUUUAUUCACGGAUUUCUCGAAAUACGAGGAAAUUCCUGAUAAAUGGGAUCCACCCCAACCAAGACCACACGAGGGUCAAGCGGAUCUUCACUCCUAUCUGCUGGACGCAGAUGCAUACGAUCAAUAUGCCGUAGUAGUCGGUAAUGGGCAGAGUGUUCAGAUUUGCCAAAACACAUUACCUGAGCCAACUAUUAUUGAAGACCGCAGCACCUGGACAAUGACUUAUAUUAAAUGGUCACCUUUGGGAACAUAUCUGGCCACUUUCCAUAAGCUCGGUAUAGCUUUCUGGAUUGGUCCAAAUUUCACUCAGUACAAGAAGUUCGCGCAUCCCAAUGUUCAAUUUAUUGAGUUUUCUCCGUGCGAAAAGUAUUUAGUGACGUGCUCUCCGCAAGGAGAUCCGCUUAACCCGGAUCAAAAAAAGAUUAUCAUUUGGGAUAUCAGGACGGGAGAAGAAAAACGUUCGUUUAACCCUGAAGGUCCAUCCAACUGGCCGGUCUUUAGAUGGUCUCAUGACGAUAAGUACUUCGGUAGAGUGGGUAACGACGUUUUGUCGAUUUAUGAAACUCCGUCGUUUGGUCUAUUGGACAAAAAAUCAAUAAAAAUCAACGGGAUUCGAGACUUCAGUUGGUCCCCAACUGAUAAUGUAGUGGCAUAUUGGGUGGCUGAAGACAAAGAUGUUCCGGCCAGCGUGACUCUCCUUGAACUUCCCAACAGGAAUGAGAUAAGGAAGAAAAAUCUUUUUAACGUUGCUGACUGUAAAAUUCAUUGGCAGAAAUCGGGCGACUACUUGUGUGUUAAAGUAGACAGAUAUGCUAAGGCAAGGAAGGAAAGAAGCGAAAUGAAAUAUUCUGGCAUGUAUUGCAAUUUUGAAAUCUUCCACAUGCGACAAAAGCAGGUGCCUGUAGAUAGUGUUGAAGUCAAAGAGCCGAUUCAAGCUUUCGCCUGGGAACCCGUAGGCACAAAAUUUGCAAUGAUCCAUGGGGAAUCGCCCACCAUAAAUGUCAGCUUUUACGAAGUUAAGGCCGGCCUGGCACCUAUCUUGUUGAAGAAAUUCGAGAAGAAAGCGUGCAAUCAUCUGUUCUGGUCUCCCAAUGGACAGUACAUUGUGUUGGCUGGUUUGGGUAGCAAUGGAGGUGGAUCUUUGGAGUUUGUUGAUACCCAUGAGUUUUUGGUGAUGAACACAACUGACCAUUUCCAAUUAUCCGACGUGGAAUGGGACCCGACUGGUAGAUAUGUUUUCACUGCUGUAUCGUUUUGGAAGUGUAAAGUAGACACCGGAUAUUGGAUGUGGUCAUUCCAAGGAAAAAUAUUAAAAAGGGUGAACUUGGAGCGUUUCGCUCAAAUUCUCUGGCGUCCACGACCACCCAGUCUUCUAUCUGAAAAACAACAGAAGGAAAUCAAGAAGAACUUGAAGAAAUAUUACGCGCAAUUUGAAAGCAAGGACCGCAUGCGGCAAUCGAAAGCCUCUAAAGAACUGAUUGAAAAACGUGCUGCUUUAAUGGAGAAAUUCAAUAAGUACCGGGAGGAACAAAUUAAAGCCUGGGAGGAGGCAAAGUCUAGAAGACUGGCCCUUAGAAACAUGGUUGAUACGGAUGAACUGGACGCGGAUUCAGAGAACGUGGAGGAAGAAGUUGUGGAAUUUUUUGUCAAAGAAGAAAUCAUCCCGAUUGAUUAACAAUAUCGAGUUCGUGACGAAUCCUGGGCAAACUUUUUGUGAGUAUUUGUUCGGGAAUUUUCCUGGAAAAGUGUGGCCAACGUCACAUGUUUCCAACUUCAAUAAGACCUGUAUUUUGUACAAUAGUGUCUUACAAAAUAAAAUUCUUUUAAUAUUUCAAAGA